GGUACUUAAUAAUUAAACAUUUAUUGACCAAAUAAUCACAAUAAGUAAAUGGUUAUUAUUAUUCAUAUAUGUAUUUUUAAAUUGACAAAAGAACAAACUCCUACUAUUAUUGACAAAAAUAUGCGUGCUUAUCAAUUUACCUCGAGUAUAUCACAAAACGUCCUAAAACUACAAUAUUUAGCAUAAAAUAAGUAGCACCCUCUUAUUCAACGGUCAAAAUUUCGUUUUAUUUGGAUAAUUCAAAAAAUUGAAACAGAUAGGUAUAGGUAUAUAUUUAUAAGGCAUACACUAGCACGAGAUUAUUAUAUUGUCUUAAAUUUCUAGUCAUGUAAUUUUUGAUCGAACAUAAACACCCCCAAGCCUUCUCCGACCCUCUUGAGAUUGGUGACGUUAUCGGCAAGUUCCUUGAUACUGUCGACUUGCUCUUGAAGAAAGUGAGUUUCCAGGAAAUCGCACAGAUUUACGUCCAUGUGACCUGAAGCGACACUGUGAAGAUUCAACAGGCUCUAAAAAUAAAAAAAAAUAUGUAAAUGUAAUUUUUAAAAUAACUGUUUAUUAUAGAUAUAGAAGCUGGAGCAAAUUAAGCACCCAAGCAUUAGAUUUCUAAAAAUUGGAUACAGUAAUUGAUAAUCGAAGCAAGAGGAAAAUUAACUUAAGAGCAGCACCAGGUGAGACAGCUUCAAGCUAAAGGUUGACCAGCAGUUGGAACUGGCUGUUCUUGGAGCGCAUCCGGAACUCUCAGUAACCAGAUCAUCAAAGUCAAGAAGGCCAAAUGAAGAACUUCCUAGAGAAGUUAUAGGGAUAAUGAAAGACGGAAGAUUUGAGAGGGAAUAUUGGGCCCUUGAAAAAAAUGAAAAGAGUAGAAUAGGUAGCACUAAACCAGCAUAGCACAAGACUAAUAAAAGCCCUAAAAGAAACAACAGAUGGAUCAGAAGAGUUAAAACCUGCUCAUUAUUGGCCACUCUGCUUUGUCAAAUACAAAUUCUCUGAGUAGAAAGGGAACCAUAAUUGAAAUUUCAUCAUUUUAGUAAGAAGGUAGAUAGAAAGCUGAAAUUUUCAGCGAUUUUUAUUCCAGUAGAGGACUACAAUCCCUGAAAAUUUCAACUCAUUUGGACUUAUAGUUCCUGAAAUAAAAUCGUGUUAAGCAAUUUGGGGUAAUUUAUCAAUUUUUCAAUUUUUCUGAGUGCCUUUUUUCAUAGAUUUCGGCUUCAAAUCUGGGAAUAACUUGGUGUAUGGAGUUCGGGGAAUCCCCAGUGAUCAUAAGACACAAAAUCUCAACAAAAAAAAAUUUGAAAUUUCAUCGUUUUAGUAAGAAAGGUAGCUUCCUUAUGAUUUAGAUUUUGAAAAACUUUGAAAGAUCAUAACUUUUUUUGUAUUAUAGACAGAAAGCUGAAAUUUUCAGCGAUUCUUAUUCCAGUAGAGGACUACAAUCCUUGAAAAUUUCAACCAAAUCAAACUUCUCCUUUAUUGUAGAAUCACUUCUUAAACUACUAAAUUAUGAUGAAAUUCACCCAGCUUCUCAAAACCAUGGUCAUUGAUAGAACAACAAAUAACUUACUUCGUUCACUCUCUUCUCCAGUUCCAAAGCGUCGUGCAUAGCCUCUUGGGCAGUGGCCCAUUCCUGUUUUUCCGGAGACUCGAUUGUGGUAAGUACAAUUCUGCCUCCUCGUUUGUUAAUGUACUCCAUUAGCAGUUGGGCGUGUUCGCGUUCUUCGCUGGAACACUUUUUGAAAAACUUGUGGUGACCCAUCAGGGCUAUGUCGUCUCUGUGGAAGUGGUAAGCCUAGAAAAAUACACAUAACUCGCGUAUAAUUCCAUAUUGAUUUGCUUGUUGAUGGCAUCCUCACAAUCCUUGUGGAAAUUUUGUCUUACUUGAGAAUGUGCCAUGAUUUCGCAGGCGGAAAAUAUUUUAAAUGUGUACGAAACAAACGCUGUACUAGCAGCUGGAAAAUUAUUUUCCCGAUAUCUAUCGACAAUGCGCAAUGUAAAUUUCCACGAGCGACACUGAACUACUCAGGACUUUAUACACGCAGUGGCGUAAUUUAUAUAGUCUGGGUGUUGUUAAUUAGUUUAAAGAGUGGUAUUUUAAUGGAUUGUUUAUCACAGUUAUAUUUUUAAAUUAAAUUUCAUCGAACGGAAAACACUUUAUUUGGUUCUGUGUGCAAUAUUGCACCCGAAUAAUUGUUUGUUACAAAUAUGGGGCGAUAAACAGCAGUGUGCAAAAUUAACGGAAAUCACUAUCAUUUUUGAAAAUAUAUACAGACAAUUAAAUCGUUAAUUUAUAAGGGAAUAAUCAGCACCAGCAAUAAUAAUUAACAGUUAAGAGAUAAAUUUAGAAAUACAUUUUUUUGUUUUUGCAUUUGAAAAACAAAAUUUAUUCAACUAAGUAGGUAUGCACCAUUAUAAUGUUGAAGAAGAAAAUGUAUGUGCAAUGGGUCGACAUUCACGGGUGUAGAAUUCAGUUUUUAUUAAAAUAAAUGACAGGAUUCGACAUCUGGAUCUGGAUCUGGAUAGUUGCAAAGGAGGGUGAGUUACCUCACUGACACUAGGCCUCGCCUUAGGGCCCUUUGUGUCACCUCCAGUUGUUAAGGCGCAUUCUCCUCCCCUGGGGUCUCCCGCAGAGACAUCUUCUUCAAGAGACAGUUCAUGAGGAAAAUCAUAAAAGGAAAAUCCAAAUCAAACCUACCUUCAAUGUUGAUUCACUCAUAGGUAGCAUUAAAAUGUCAAUCAAAAAAAUUGUACAAGGUGUAGUAGGUACAUUUAUGUGUCAAAUUAUUAUUAUUUUUUUUUUUAAUCCAAAAUUAUGGCAUUGCUGAAUACGCAAACGCGAAUCUUUAAAUUACUAUUCACCUUUUUCGAACCCCAUUCUAAAUUACACACCAAAAUCCACAAAGACAUCCAAAGAAACUUAAGUUCCAAACCCAAAAACUCCAGUUUCAUUUUAUACAGAGGAAAUUUGUCUAAUUUCUACAAUGAUUCUAAAGUAAUGUACAACGUAAGCACUUAUGAGAAUUUGGUGAAGCAAAAGUCUGGAUCGGACGAUAAUAAAUGUACUGCUAGAGGCAAAAAAGAAUUCCCUGGCAGGCACAAAUUCCACAAGGAAGUAGAAUCAGCCCUAAAUGAUCAAAUCGAAGUGGAGUUUACUGCAGCUUUCGCAUAUUUAUCAAUGGCCGCUUACUAUGGAAGAAGCGAAGUGGCUUUACCAGGAUGUCAAGGGUUUUUUAUGAAUAUGCAUCGAGAGGAACACGAACAUGCUUUGAUAUUUCUCAAUUAUGUUUUAAUGAGAGGCGGGCAUGUUAAAGUACCAAGCCUGAAACCUCCAGAUAAUGAAGAUUGGAAGGAUAUCAUGAAAUCUUUCGGCGUGGCUGUUGCAAUGGAAUGCUGCGUGAAAGAGAAAAUGGAGGAUGUAGUUGAGCUUGCUGAAAAACAUAAAGAUCAUCAAUUAAACGAUUUUAUUUCUAGUGAUUUCCUAGAAGAGCAAAAUAAAUCGAUUCAACUUUUGGGAAGGCUGUUUACCAGAUCGAAAAUGGUCAACACCGAUGUGGGAGAGUACCUGUUUGAUCAACAUCUGUACGAAUCAUUUGUGAAGCAGAGUAAAGACAAUUAUAUGUACCUGACAAAGUUGUCGGAUGAAGAAGAGAAAAAAGUUUACAAAUAAUAAAAUUUUUGGAAAUAAUUGCUUAUCUAUAAUUUUGGUUAUUUUGUAUUAACAAAAGAUUUAACUGGAUUAUAAUUAGAGGAUAUAAAAUAGAAAGCCCAUUGCAAUCUCCUUAAAACCAAACGUUUCAUAUGAUUUAUUUCAAUUUUUGGAUCUGUAUAUCUCUAUCUCUGACCAACAUUAAUUCAUUGAUCAUUUACAAUCUUUUCCUUCACAUCAGAAUUUAAACCUCCAUCAUGAAGUUUGGUUCACUAUUCACUAGUCUCAGUCAGUGUACAAUAAUUCACUCGAAUCUCUAUUCCACUGUCUCCACUCUGCCAGUAUGUAAUAUGUAAUUAUAUUAGAUUAACGACCACAGUCACGCGAAGGCUAUAUUGAAGAUCUUGGAACAUUCAGCAUAAAUCUUCAGAGAAUGGAUAAUGAGAAUUAGAAAUAAAAAAUUCCACUCUUCGAUGGAAAUAACUAUCAAUUAUUGGAAAUAUA